UUCUUGAGCUGCCUGGAGGUGUGAGGUUGCUGUAUAUCUAUUUAUCUGUAGAGGAGUCGACUCAGCUAGGACAUAAGAGAAGCAAAGUUUAUGGCAAAAAGGAGCAAAGCCAACUAGUCAGUUCUCAUGUUCCCAUAGGUGGAGACUUAAAGACUGGCAGCCAACACAUCCGUCCUGCUGCAUUCUCCUCUGACACCAGCAGUGGCUCUGAAAUACCCAGAGGAGGGCGGACACUGUCAUUCAACAGGAACUUGGAGCUCUCCAAGCCACUGUCCCCAACGGCAACCAUUGCAUCUGGCACUGACUCUGAAGUUUUCUUGGACACGUUGUCUGAAUUGAACUUUGAUAGUGGCCAGCAGAUCAAGCUUGGGGACAUCAAAGAAGUGGAGUGUAGACCAAGCAGAUUACUUUCUCCUUCAUCAAGUGGAAAAUCCGCUUCAGAUUUACUGCCUUCAAGUACAAAAUGGCAGCAAGCUAGCAAACAAGAUGAUGAUACAGAAGUGGAGACAGAGCAAAACAAGAUGGUGGGUCUGAUAUCCUCAGAAAUUAAUUUGUCCCUUAGUGAAGAUGUCGGCCUAAGGGAUGACGUCCAAGCCACGAGUCUUAGUAAGGCAAGCAUAAGUCCAUCUGUGGUCGGCAGCUAUUCUGCAACUGCUAGCCUCCCUUGUGAUACAACACUUAAUAAGGCAAGCAUAAGUCCAUCUGUGGUCGGCAGCUAUUCUGCAACUGGUAGCCUCCCUUGUGAUACAACACUUGUAGAAACAAACUCAAGACAGGAUCUUCCAACUGUGACCAAUGAAGCAGAUAUCGACAGAUCUGACUUGAGCCAAGCUACAACAGUGUGUGCAUUCUCUACCGCUUCUUGUCCUAUUGAGUUGAACACUGAAAGUCUGUCCAGAGAUGAGGCAACAAUUAUAAGUCAACAACAGCUCACUUCUUUUGGGGAGGAGUGCAACCUGCAGCUCAACAAAGGACUGAACAAUCCUGUCAUAGAGUUAGCACACAAUCCUGUCACAGAGUUAGCACAAAAUCCUGUCAAAGGGUUAGCACACAAUUCUGUCACAGAGUUAGCACACAAUCCUGUCACUGACGUAUCUGACUGUACUGUUGUAGAGCUACCUCACAAUCCUUUAAUAGAUGAAUCAAACAAUCCUGUUACUGAUGAAUCCAGUAAUCCUGUUGCUGAUUUCUCCAACAAUCCUCUCGCAGAAUUACCCAACAAUCCUGUCACAGAAGUAUCAAACAAGCCUGUCACAGAAAUAUCCAACAAUCCUGUCACUGAUGUACCGGUAUCCAGUAACCCUGUUGCUGAUGUCUCCAACGAUCCUGUCACAGAAGUAUCCAACAAGCAUGUCACAGAAUUAUCCAACAAUCCUGUUGCUGAUAUUUCCAACAAUCAUGUUGCUGAUGUAUCCAACAAUCUUGUUGCUGAUGUCCCUAAGACUUCAGACACCAACCAGCUAUCCAAUCAAGACUGCAAUGAAGAAAAGGAAAAAACCAAUUUAAGACAGACUCUGAUGAGAAGCAAGGAGGAUAUUGAUGCCUCCCUGGAGGUAUGUUUCAGUGGGGAGGAUUCCUCCACACCCUCAUCAUCCACACAAUCCGGGCCUGAACCAAAGUUCAGUGAUCCACGAGGAUCCAUGGGUUCCUUGGAUUGUGCUGAGAUGAGUGCUGACAAAGAUCGCCUGACAUUUGAACUAGCUGAGAGUGAAAAUUCUGGAUGUGGAUUGAUGUCCCCUUUAUCUGGUAACCUGUCGCCAGUGGCUGAACUGAGCAGUCUGUCUGCUGAUGAUGUCAGGGUCAAAUCUGGAUUGGCCCUUGAAAGUGAAGUUCGCACGAGUACGGAGUCUGGCAAUAGAAGCACACAUUCACUUUCAGACGCGUCAAGCUCUAAGAAUUUAAUAACCAAGUCCAUACUUCAAAGGAGUGGCCUUGAGGAAAUGACAUUGUAUGCCCAAGGUCAUUCAGACACACUUCUAGUACUGUUUCUGUCCCGCAACACAAAGUCUGGGAAGUCUUACAUUAAUUCUCUGGUGAGUAAUACAAUCUUUUUUACUAAACCCUCUGUUAGAGAGUAAAGCACUCUCCUGCUCUGAUAAGUACAAUGGAUAGCCAAAAACGUUUUGCUAAAUUAUCUGCUAAAAAUGGAAUAUUUGUUAAUUAUUGUUUGAAUUAUUUCUAUCUUAACUAGACAUUUGUUUUCAACUUUAUUAUUUUAUUUUUGAAAAGUGGAAAAAUUGCCUUCCGCACUUGGCAGAAUUAGAUUUUGAGGUCAAGGAUGCUGAGCGCCAUGUUAAAGAUGACAAUGAGGUGAGUAUGUCAUAAACUAUGUGAGCAUGUCAUAAACUAUGUGAGCAUGUCAUAAACUAUGUGAGCAUGUCAUAAACUAUGUGAGCACGUCAUAAACUAUGUUCGGAGCUUUGAAAGUAAACAAAAUCUGCGAGACAAAGAGAGACAUUUUCUGGAAGAUCGGACUUUGGUAAUAAUUCAGUUUUUCUUCAAGUCCCCAACCAUCAUUAGUAUUAUACAUGUACUGUAGAUAUUUUUUUUAUUUCAGAAUAUUGGAUGUGCAUCUCAGUAUAUGCGCUAUGACUCUUUUACUCAAAGUUUGAAAGGUAAAAAUUAUAAAAUAGGAAAAGUUUAAAGAGGAUAAAAAGAUUUAACACCGGAAAAUAACUUGACUGAUAAAUAUGUCCAGUACAAAUUUCAGACAGCCAUUUUCGUUGCCUGCGAUCUAAUGCUUGUUUUCACUGCAGGGUCAGCCCUUCUACCUGUGACGAGUUUGGCCAAUGAAAUUGUUGAUUCUAGUGUCAGGAUGCACCAAUGUUUCACCAGCAUGCCCCAGUUACAAGACAUCACCUACAGGUACCGGGAACUAAUUCUGUUAAUGACCUAA